AAAACAGUUGAGGCUGGCUUGUUGGGCGCGUCACCUACCUUCGUUGCUUCUGUCUUGUGUGGUUCCGCAACGUGUCCUCGUCCAGUGUUGCGCCAUGCAGUACGUUAGGAGCAUCAGCGGCUCCGUUUCGAAGACAUGGAAUUCCAUCAACCCAGCAACCUUAAGCGGUGCCAUUGAUGUGAUUGUCAUUGAGCAGGAAGAUGGAACUCUCGCUUGCUCGCCGUUCCAUGUUCGAUUCGGAAAGUUCUCGCUGCUACGCCCGUACGAAAAGAAGGUACCCUCUUCACACUUUUGUCUAGGGGCUCUGGCAUUUAGCUAAGUUGUCCAGGUGGAGUUCAAAGUCAAUGGGGUUAAGCAAGACUAUGCGAUGAAACUGGGUGAGGGCGGAGAGGCUUUUUUUGUCUUCGAGACAGCGGAUGACAUUCCCGCUUCGUUGCAAACCUCGCCUUUGGUAUCUCCGACAGGAAGCCCAACACAGAGAAGCGAGGAGAAUCUUGCAUCGUCCCUCCAGGAGCUGGAAUAUUUAGAUCUCGACAGAAAUACUGGUGGUGUUAGCAAGGAUGACACAGGCAUGUCUCCAGCGAUAUCCAUACCGCUGAGGGGGUCCCGGUCGGCUGGUGAUCUAGGGGCCACUACUUCCUUGUCAUCACCGGGUAAUUCAAACGAAAGCAGCUCCUAUGGAAGCGAACCGGCGAGAUCUGACCAUGGACUGUCGGAAAGCGUGCCAUCGUCAAAAGUUUCUUCGAUAGGUGAUGGUGGAAUAGUGGAGGAUUCUCAUGGCGCAAGUGACUCUUCCCAUCGAAGGAAUCGCUCCCAAAGUCCCCCACAACUGUCUGCGCAAGAAGCCGUUUCCCGUGCAAUUUCACUCUCCAAGAAGCUGUCUAUAUCGAAUAUCCCAUCUCACGUCACUGAGACAGGAGAUCUGAUGCUUGACAUGACUGGCUACAAGAGCAACGAGGAUGAUGCACUCCGGGCGGAGAUAAUUGCGCGCAAGAUCCUCGCCGAGGAAUUGGAAGGCAACUACGAUAUUGGGGCUCUUAUUGGCGCUGACGAGCACGGUAAUCUGUGGAUCUACAGCAGCGAGGAAGCCAAGGAGGCUGCCAGCCGCAAGGCCACCCUCGACUCGCUGAGGGCGAAACCUGCCGUGAGCGACGACACGGUCUCAGAUCCUGGAUAUCACAGUGAAGGUGAAACAACCGUCUCUGACUCUCCGCUAAUGGCAACAAGGCACUACCGUGCUAAGUCUGAUCUUCAGACUGGAUUUCCAACUCCACCGCAGUCGCCGAUGCAAGGCUCCCCUGCAUGGGAACCGAAUCGCAACUACGCGAAGACGUUACGUCUGACUAGCGAUCAACUGAAAGCGUUAAAUCUAAGAGCAGGCGCCAAUCCUAUGUCAUUCAGCGUUAACAAGGCUACUUGUACUGCCACCAUGUACCUGUGGCGUGGUGAUACUCCCAUUGUCAUCUCUGACAUUGAUGGUACUAUCACAAAAUCUGAUGCGCUAGGACAUGUCUUGAAUAUGAUCGGACGCGAUUGGACGCAUGCUGGAGUGGCAAAAUUAUAUUCUGAUAUCGUGAAUAAUGGCUAUAAUAUCAUGUAUCUCACGAGCAGAUCCGUCGGACAGGCAGACACAACCCGGGCCUACCUCUAUGGCGUCUGCCAGGACGGUUAUAGGUUGCCCAAAGGACCAGUUAUCAUGAGUCCCGACAGGACAAUGGCGGCGCUCAGACGCGAAAUCUAUCUAAGAAAACCUGAGGUCUUCAAGAUGGCGUGUCUUCGCGACAUUCUUGGGCUCUUCGCAGGGAAGGAGAACCCAUUUUACGCAGGAUUCGGAAAUCGGCUUACGGACGCAUUGAGCUAUCGAUCCGUCAACAUACCCUCGGCCAGAAUCUUCACGAUCAAUUCUAAUGCGGAGGUAUCUUUGGACCUUCUUAGCCUGACCAAAUACAAGAGUAGCUAUGUUUCCAUGAGGGAACUAGUUGACCAUUUCUUCCCCCCUGUCAAGCUCCUUGUCCAGCCAGGAGGAGAGGAAUUCACCGACUUCACCUAUUGGAGAGACACACCAAAGGAUCUUGAGAACUUCUCGACUACAGAUAGCGAAGAGGAAGAAGAUGAGGAAGAGGAAGAAGACGAAGAAGAGGAUGAUGACCUGGACGCCGAACUCAGUGACGAAGAAGCUAGUGAUUUUGAUGACAAUGACGAUGAGGAUGCACGUGAAGGUGAAGACCUUGGUGCGAGCUACUUUUCACAAGGCUCUGUAGAUACAAACCUUGCAGGCUCCAUUCUUGAAUCCGUUGUGGACGACCAAGGUAUCGAUUCAGAGGAAGUGGGAGGUGGGGAUGGUGAAAGAGGCUCUCAGACCGGGCAGCCGAAACCGUCUUCUUCAUCACGCUUGCUUCGUUCGAGUACAGCCUGAGUUCGACUGCAAUCUCCACAUUCGCAAGUUUAUUGAGGCAUUUGCGCCUCCAGUCUGCCAUUUCCAGUUACUGGUCUCUUGGCGACCAGGUUGGAUUCAUAUACCCCUUGAUCUUUAGCAUGCUUUUGCAGUGAUUCGCAGUACAUUUGGCACAAUUCGGUGGCUUUAGCCCAACAUACCAGCAUAGAAUUAUAGGCGUCUAUACUGGCCAUGAACGUGGCCCAUCUUUUGUUCACUUCUGGUUGCAUAAUGGCGUUUAUCUGCAUGUUAUAAGAGAGGGAGAUGCAUAAUGCAUAAUACAUGAGAUAGUUUGAUUCUCCUCGGGCGUGUGGCAUUCAGGGAAACUCCUCUUUUUUUUAUUGUUUUUGGUUUAGGAAAGGUGCUCAAGAAUGUUGGACACACAGUUCGUAUAUAGUCGUGUUUAUCUUCCAGCGGGAUUGGAAUUGGGAUGAGCGUUCGGGUUGUUGGUAGCUCUUUGAAUGUGACUGGAUUUCUUCAUUUAAACGGACAUGAGAUCUUGCAAGUUCAGUUAUAUUCUGGUAGUAACAAAGAGAACCGUCG